GAGAUUGUGGUUGAGAUUCUUAAAGCAAACCCAGAUUUAAUUUGGUGCAAUGAAAAGCUUACAAGAAAAAUGAUAAUCAUGGCAAUCAAACAUCGUCGAGGUAGUCUUUUAACAUUUGGUUACAACCUUGAUGCGGGGAAGAAAGCACUUCUCUCUUUAAGAGAUAAAGAUGGAAACAAUGCGUUGCAUAUGGUAGCCAAGUUACCUGUCUGUCCUUAUGAUUCUGUUGGUAUCCACGCAGCUUGGAGCGUGAUACGCGAAGAAAGGUGGUUUGAGGAGAUUAAGAGAUACCUUCCAUGUUGGUCUCAUGAAGCCAAAAAUCGUUAUGGUGAAACUCCAGACCAAGUUUUCUACAGGGAACACCAGGAAUUGAUAACAAAUAUGGAGGAAUGGGGAAAGAAGACUGCAAAAUCUUAUAGUCUCGCAUCUGUUUUAAUUGUUACCAUUAUGUUUGCAGCACUCUUUACAGUUCCUGGCGGGAUCGAUGAAGAGACCGGCAUACCCAAAUUAUUGCACAUAAAACAGUUAUCCGGGUUUCUACUGUGUGAUGCGGUGUCCUUCAUUACUGCAUCAACUUCAUUCUUCGGAUUCCUGAGUGUACUCACACUAACUUACAAAAGAAGUGGUCCUCGCGGAGCUCUGCCCUUUCAAAUGUUGUUUGCCAUUUCCAGCCUCAGCAUUUCGAUAGCAACGAUGAUCCUGGCCUUCAUUUUUGCUCUUGUGAUGAUGUUAGAAAACAAGUGCUAUUUAGAUAGAGCAUAUGGACGGCAUUUGAGGAGUGUUUGAUGGUGUUAAAUCACUUUUAUUUAUUUUUAAAUUUGUAAUGUUGUACCUUUAUGUUACGAACAUUUUUUUUGUGAAAAUUAUUAGUGUUCGUAUUUGAUAUGUUUGAUUAAUUGUAAGUAUUUGGUAUAUGUUUCCACGGGAACAAUUUAGAUUUAGUUGUGGAGAAUGAUUCACUACAAGAAAAAUGAUUUUUAGUG